GCGGGCCGGGGCCCCUCGCGCCCUGCUCGGCAGCAGGCAGGCACCCACCCACCCACCGGCGGCGGGCCAGCUUCUCGCCAUGGGUCCCCCCCAGCUCUGGCUCGGCGUGGCGAGGAGCUUGCUGCGAGGCGGGCAGCGCGCCGGUCUUUACAGCGCCCAGCAGCACUUCGAGCCGCGGGCGGCUGCUGCCGGCUCCUGCUGUCGCCGCCUCUACAGCGCUGGCAUACUUGGGCUUCAGGAGCGCACGCUGAUCGCCGUGAAGCCAGACGGGGUCCAGAGGAGGCUCGUGGGGGAUGUGAUUCAGCGCUUUGAGAAGCGGGGCUUCAAGCUGGUGGGCCUCAAGCUGCUCCAGGCCAAUGAAGGGAUCUUGGCAGAACAUUACCACGAGCUGCGCAGGAAACCUUUCUACCACGAGCUGAUUCAGUACAUGACCUCAGGGCCCGUGGUUGCCAUGGUAUGGGAAGGCCACAACGUUGUCAAGACCUCCAGGGCCAUGGUGGGAGAGACGAACCCUGCCGAAGCCAAGCCGGGCACCAUCCGGGGAGACUUUAGUAUCCACGUGAGCAGAAACGUGGUCCAUGCCAGCGACUCCGUGGAGACGGCCCAGAGGGAAAUCAGCCUGUGGUUCCGCAGCAAUGAACUACUGGAUUGGGAAUGCGGUGAUCACAAAAUCAUGUACGAACUCUGAAGGGCUCGCUUCACCUGGACCUCCCCCAGGAUCUGCUACCUCUGCCUUUCCAAAGAGAUCUGGCUGCUGCAUCAGAGGCUUUGGAUCUGGUGUGCUGUAUGUGGCGGGAGGUUACACACACACACAACCCACUUUCUGUCAGCUCAGGCGAGCAGAUACCCCUCGAACAGCCAACUCUGCGAGCUGCUGAGUGCGUCGCCUUUAGUGUGGCAGCACUGGAAACUUGUUUACAUACAUGGCCAGAAAACCCUGGAGCACAAUUCUGAAAGAAAAUUCACAUUAAAAAAAAAAAUGGAUUUGUACAA